AUGCAUUCUUUUCUAUUUUUCAGUGCAAGUGAGAAGUUUCUUGAUGGUGGUCUGGUAGGGAAUAACCCAGUGCUAGAUACACUGACUGAGAUUGAAGAAUGGAAUUUGGCAGUGAGAGCACGGGGAAGAGAAUCAGAAGUCUUUAACCCUACCGUUGUGGUGUCACUAGGGUGUGGCAAACCUCCUGUUAUGCUAGUUGAUACAGUUGAUGUGACAAUACCAAGCAUACUUGAUGUUAGGAGAGGCUUUACAGCAAUGUAUAAUUUGUUCAAUGUAAUGGUAGAGCAAGCUUGUAGCUCUGAGGGUCGAAUUGUUGACAGGGCAAGAAUGUGGUGCUCAAACCUCCAUGUUCCAUUCUUCAGGUUCAACCCACAGCUCUCCCAAGAAAUUGCUUUAGAUGAGCAUGAUGAUGAAUAUUUAGUACGCAUGAUGUGGGAAACCAGAGCAUACAUGAGGGCCCAAGCUAAAACUUUAAGCCUUCUAAAGCCUCUCUUGGUGGGCCCUGAAGAUAAACCUGUCCCUCCUCCUCGUCAGGUCACACCCUCAUGCUCUCCAUCAAAACUCAGGCCUAGGAUUUCAGUCUGCAGUAGCACUAGUCAAGAUAUUCCUGAUACCCCACAUUCACUGAUGUCUGAGGGAACCUCUCCAGAAGAGGAUGGGAGCUAUCAUUCGACAAACCUUGAGCCACAUGUUCCUUUUGCUGAAAAUUCUGGGGUAGAGGAGCAGCAUCAGCCCAAAGUAUAUUCAAAUAAUGUCCCUUCAAGCGAGGAAAGUUCCUCACCAGAGGAAGCAGUAAACAUUGUUGAGGAUUCUGAAGCAUCAGAAAAGAUAUCAGUUCCUGCUUUGCAUACAACAGCUUAAUGUAUUUCACAUAUUACACAUAUUGUUGUACCAAAGAGUUCUUGUAGGACUCCUGGUAGGACGUUUUCCAGG